ACAAAACAGGCAAUUAAGAAUAUCCUAUGAAGUCCUAGAACAGGCACUAAUGGAAGGCCCUUUGCAAACCUCCAUUCGCAUGUGCCAUGAAAAUGCUCAAUGGAUGUCACAACUACCGGAAAAGCUCUGGGACAUUCCCCUCUAUAACUUAGCUCUUCCAGGGAGUCACGACACUAUGACCUACUGCUUGGAUAAAAGUUCUGCUGUUAGUAGCAAUGAAUCCAAGCUGGUGAAGCUUUUAAACAAAUGUAUGCCCUGUAUUGUGCAUCCCAUUAUCAUGAAGUGGUCUACAACUCAGGUACUGACUGUGACGGAGCAACUUGAGGCUGGAGUUAGAUAUCUGGAUUUCAGGAUUGCCCACAAGGCUGAUGAUCCAUCUAUGAAUUUGUAUUUUGUGCAUAUGGUUUACACAACUGUUACUGUACAGGAUGUUCUGUGGGAAGUGUUAAGGUGGUUGGAAACUCAUCCUCAGGAAGUUGUUAUCUUAGCCUGCAGGAAUUUUGAUGGAUUAACCAGGAGACUUCAUUGUCAUCUGACUGCCUGUAUAAAAGAGAUUUUCCAGUGUAAACUGUGUCCCAGAAAUGUGGUGCCGACGCUGCGGACCAUGUGGCAACGUGGCCAUCAGGUUAUAGUCUCGUACGAAGAGGGUGUGGAAGUGGAGAAGCACUGUGAGCUGUGGCCCAUUAUCCCGUACUGGUGGGGAAACAAAACGACCACUCGUGCUCUUAUCCACUAUUUGGAGCGCAUGAAGCGGAUGGGCCGUCCAGAAAAAUUCUUUGUAGCGGGGAUUAACCUUACUGAAAAUUUAAGGUAUAUUCUCCUACAUCCAUUUGGAUCAUUGAAGAAAAUGACACUCCGGGGUCUUCCAUGCUUGAAAAUCUGGAUAAAGCAGCAAUAUCCAGGACCAAAAAAAGAAUGUAUUAACAUCAUUGCUGGAGACUUCAUAGGAAACAAUGAUUUUGUCAAAGAUGUGAUAGAACUCAACACAAAAAUUAAUCCUCCAUUACACUGUCAAAGUAAAGGGCUGGAACAAAUAGCAUUUCAUUCUCGUCUUCUUAACUGUGAAAAGCUGAAAAUGCUUUGUCUGCAUUAAAUGCGUCCUGGUUUGAACAUCCUGGAUCCCAUAAAGGUCCAGUUAACAAACCAGGGAUGUUUUAAAGACCCAACAGCAAAAGUGCUCUCAACAUCAUCAGGGUUUCAAGGCCUUUUCAGAGAAAAGUGAGCAGGCAGACCUGGCUGAAAUCUCUGAAAAACUAUGGUUUAUGUAUAAUUUACUUGCAAGUGCUUAGAUUUUGCAACAGUUGGCAAUAUUGAAAGUCCUAAGAACUUAAUCCUAUUUUAUGUAUGAGCAAGAAGAAGAAAUAUGUCUGUAGCUGCAUGAAUUCUUUGAUAUCUUUCUUAUAAUUGUAAAGAUAUUCUGCAGUGCUUGCAACCGCAGUUCUCAGGAUUUUAUAUCGCUGUGAAACUGACUUGUCUGUUUCAUAGUUUGUUUUAAAAAUACAAUAGGAUCAGUUUAAAAAUGUUUGAUAUAUCAAACCUACUGUAUUGACAAUCCUAUCUGACAUGAUUUUUAUAUAUACACUGAUACAUCAUUAACAUUAGAGAUCUAGAAGCAGCUGCACUGUUGUUCUGUGCUGAGCAUCCGUUUGUGAGCCCUGUACCAACAGGGUAGUCACAACAUUUUCCAUGGUUUGUAAGAGGCGUGUUUAUUUGAACACGUACUAUUUUUAUCACUCAUUCUGGUUCUGCAGUGAUGACAAUAACAGAACUAGGCCCCUGGACAGUUUUGUCUGUGAUAGUGAAAUAUAUUUUAUUAGGUGUAGCCAAAAUAUGCCUUACAUUGAAAAUAAACAUAUAUAAAACCAAUUGCUUACCUAAUCUCGGACUGCCCUAAAAUUACAGGUUCUUGGCUUCUGUCAUGCUGAUUUAGAAUUUCACAACUGAUCAUGUAUUUACCUAUUUUAGUAACUCUAUAGUUACUUUUCCUCUCAAUAAGGUUUUCUGCUUAUGUAAAAAAUAGGGGAUUUAUGUUGUUUGCCAUUGCAUAUUAAUCUUAUUUUUCUAUUUUUAAAAUGAACUGUGCAAUAACAGAUGAUCAUGAAGGUAACAGAAACUGCAAGCAUCAGGACUAAAACAGAAAGAGGGAUUGUAUAAAGUUCACUAUGCAGCUUCAUCAAUAUACCUCACUUUUUAGAUGCACUUUAUAUGCAAAAGCUGAGUUCAAAUGUCUGGCAAGAUAUUAGCGUUUGCAAUAGGGGUUUGCAUGAGUUUGACAUCAACUGCUACCUGACAUUGGACCAAACCUACCUGAGACUUCUCAGCAGGAAGGGCUAAGAUGCUACCUCCUCAUGCAAUCUCUUGCAAUUAAGUAGGACUUUCUAAAUGCCUUUUUUUUUUUUUACACAGUGCUUUUUAUCCUUUUAAUCCUUGUUCUUACCUCUGUGUACUUCGUAUUGAGCAGUCAUUCAGGUGUUUGUUUUUUCUGAGUCACUACCUGCAUGAAGUGUUAAUUUACACACCCUCAGAAUGUUUUUCUGCCUAUCUUUUGUACCAUCAAGUGGCUUUGUUACUCUAUCUAAUAAAACUUGAUCUCUUUGUGUAA